GUCGGAGGAGCUCCAGGUGGGGUUUGAACUGGCCAAUGGGCGAGCUGCCGACCGGGUGUCGGAAAAGGAGGCGGAAGAAGGGAGGAGUAGCUGGGGGAGGUGGAUUGCAUCUUCCCCGGCGUCUCCAUGGCACUACCCUGGCCACCGAUUUCAACGACUUCAUAAGGCGGCGUUUCUGGGCACAGCCGUGCCGUUCCUGCAGGUUUCCACCUUGCGGGAAAAGCGGCAUAACGACUGUCACACAGAAAAAGGUCUUACGAACACCUUGUGGAGCUCCCAACGUAACAGUUACGAUCAACCUUUUAUUGUGUUGUCCUCCCCUGCCCGCCAGAAGAGAAUGAUGAAGAACCGCUCUUCAACUCCCCCUUUACAUGUUCACGUGGAUGAGAACACUCCUGUCCACGUUCACAUAAAAAAGAUCCCGAAACCAACACCGGCCAAGAGCCAGAAGUCGCAUAAACGUGGUAUGAGAGGAGACACGGUGAAUGUCCGGCGGAGUGUUCGAGUGAAAACUAAAGUCCCUUGGAUGCCCCCUGGCAAAGCAUCUGUCCGGCACCUAGGCUGCAAAUGGGAGUGUCAGAGUCCUCCACCUCAUUGUGUAGAGAUAUCUCCACCAUCUUCAGAAAAACUGGUUUCAGUGAUGCGAUUAAGUGACCUGUCUACAGAGGAUGAAGAUUCUUCUGGUCAUUGCAAGACAAAUCGUUAUGAGAAGAAGAUGGACACUUUACUAAAUACAGUUGGUUGUCUUAAAUCAGAGGUAAAGAUGCAGAAAGGGGAGCGCCAGAUGGCGAAACGGUUCCUAGAGGAGCGGAAGGAAGAGCUGGAGGAGGUGGCCCACGAGCUGGCAGAGACUGAGCAUGAGAACACCAUGCUUCGACAAAAUAUUGAGCGUAUCAAGGAGGAAAAGGAUUUUACAGUGCUACAGAAAAGGCAUUUGCAACAGGAAAAAGAAUGUCUCAUGUCUAAGCUCGUGGAGGCAGAGAUGGAUGGGGCAGCUGCUGCCAAGCAAGUAAUGGCACUGAAGGAUACAAUCGGGAAACUGAAAUCGGAGAAGCACAUGACUUGCACUGACAUCAAUACAUUGACCCGGCAAAAGGAACUGCUUCUCCAGAAGUUGAGUACUUUUGAAGAGACUAAUCGUACUCUCAGAGAUUUGCUGAAGGAGCAACAUUCUAAAGAGGAUUCAGAAAAGCUGAUGGAGCAACAAGGAAACCUGUUAAAACGACUAGCUGAAGCUGACUCGGAGAAAGCGCGCCUGCUACUAUUGCUACAAGAUAAAGACAAGGAAGUGGAAGAGCUACUACAAGAAAUUCAGUGUGAGAAGGCUCAAGCUAAGACAGCAUCUGAACUCUCCAAGACCAUGGAAUCCAUGCGGGGGCAUUUGCAGACACAACUGCGGUCUAAAGAAGCAGAGAAUAGUCGUCUUGUAAUCCAGAUCAAGAAUUUGGAGCGCAGUGGUUCUCAGCAUAAGGCUGAAAUGGAGGCAAUCAUGGAGCAGCUGAAGGACCUCAAGCAGAAAGGAGACCGGGACAAAGAAGCCUUGAAGAAAGCCAUCCGAGCACAGCAGGAGAGGGCGGAGCGGAGUGAAGAGUAUGCCGAACAACUGCAUGUCCAGCUUGCAGACAAGGAUCUGUAUGUUGCUGAAGCCCUGUCUACCCUGGAAUCCUGGAGGAGCCGCUACAACCAGGUGGUGAAAGACAAGGGAGACCUAGAGCUGGAGAUCAUUGUGUUAAAUGACCGAGUGACAGAUCUGGUAUCACAGCAGCAUGCCUUGGAGGAGAAGAUGCGAGAAGACCGGGAUAAUCUGGUGGAAAGAUUACACCGACAGACAGCAGAAUAUUCUGCAUUCAAACUUGAGAAUGAGAGGCUAAAGGCUAGUAUCACCCCUGUGGAAGACAGGCUCAGUCAAGCCCAAAUUGAGGUCCAACAGCUGAAGGUGUCAGUCAAGAACUAUGAAGGGAUGAUCGACAAUUACAAGAGUCAGGUGAUGAAGACCCGGAUGGAAGCUGAUGAGGUAGCCACUCAAUUAGAACGCUGCGACAAAGAGAAUAAGAUCCUCAAAGAUGAAAUGAACAAAGAAAUUGAAUCGGCUCGUAAGCAGUUCCAGGCUCAGCUGACUGACCUUCAACAACUGCCUGAGAUCCUCAAAAUUACUGAGGCUAAGCUGGCCGAAUGUCAGGAUCAGCUACAAGGCUAUGAGAGGAAAAAUGUGGACCUUACAGCUAUCAUAGCAGAUCUGCGCACCCGGAUCGAACAUCAGGGUGAAAAGCUGGAGGUGGUAAGAGAGAGACAUCAAUAUUCUCAGGAGGAAAAUAAACAGCUAAGCCUGAAAGUGGAAGAACUCGAGAGGAAACUUGAGGGCACUAGUGCCCAGAACAUUGAGUUCCUCCAGGUGAUUGCAAAGAGAGAGGAGGCAAUCCAUCAAUCCCAGCUUCGGUUGGAAGAGAAAACCCGGGAAUGUGGUUCUCUAGCACGACAGCUGGAAAAUGCCAUUGAAGAUGCCAAGAGACAGGUGGAACAAACAAGGGAACGUGCAGUCUCCAAGGAACGAACAGCCCAGAACAAAAUCUUGGAUCUGGAAACACAGCUGAGUCGGACCAAAACGGAGCUCAAUCAGUUACGACGGAGCCGAGAUGACGCUGACCGCAGAUACCAGAGCCGCCUCCAGGACCUCAAAGACCGUCUUGAACAAUCAGAGAGUACCAACCGCAGCAUGCAGAAUUAUGUCCAGUUCCUCAAAUCAUCCUAUGCCAAUGUAUUUGGAGACAAUGCUUUAACUGCAUAUCUAACAAGCUCUCCCAUCCGUUCUCGAUCACCUCCCAUAUGAAGCUGUAGUCCUCCUUCCAAGGAGCCUGACUGUAGGGAAGAGGUGUAUCUGGAGACCCUUUGGGCUGUCCCUCUUUUCCAUUUGGUGAGAGAGGUGCAGACAUCUUGUCCAGGCCUCUUGCUUUGGGAAAGUCUACGCCAAAUCAUCUUUAAGACUGAGUGGACAUGGACAUUUUUAUAGCUCUCCAUUUUUUCCUCAGUUACCGGAUUGGAGUUUUUUAAUUAACCUGAUAACAAUUUAGAUUUUAUAACAGCAAAACUUUGUAUAUCUCUUGGAUAUACAUCUUUCUUCCAGAUUCUAACUCAUUGCUUCUUCUCCCAGGUCCUUCUUACGGAGAUAUUUUUUCUCAGUUCUUCUGAGGGCACCCUACCCCCAAAUUCCUCUUAGCCUUUAUAGAAAUUGUUUGAUGUGGUUUUCUCUUUUUUCUCUCUUAGGGAAAAAAGAAGCUGUUAGUUAUAGGCUUCCAUUCUCUUAGCCUGACUCCCCUCCCCCAAGCGUGAGCAUUUCUCACUUUUUAAAAGUAACUUCUAACUUAAGUGCAAUGCCUGUUGACAAACUUUCCUUCAAGGCCUUAAAAAAAAUUCCUUUGGAUACUUACCUAUUCUGCUGAAUCUCUCAUAUAUCAGAGGAAAUCUAAAGCCCCACUUCUUUGUCUCCCCCACUCCCCCACAAAGCACUUCAGGAUAAGACGAUGUAAGAAUUUUGUUUUAGUUUCCUGACACUUUGAUCCUCAUUAUUUUUGCUGUUUACUUAACUGGUUUGUAUCUGUGAAGCAUUGUUUUUGUAUUUGUGUUUUACAAAAUUUUUAUAAUUUUUACUGGGCUCCAGUGGAUGAUCUCUCCCCCUCCCCUAAACAAAACAAAUUAUCAUAAGGUGCUCUGGGCAGCAAACUAUUAAAAAUUUUAAAGUUA